AUGGAUCAAAAUCUUCAUGAAGAAGAAGACACAAGAAUGGAUGAUGAAAGAAUAGAAGAUGAUGAGUUUGAUACGGACAUAUCUCUAACAGUGAUGAUGGUGGCUUUAGUAGCACAGUUUCAAAACACACGACGUCUCAUGGGUGAUUAUUUUAUUGAACGUCCAAUUCGCCGUCCAAUCACAAGACUCGGUGAACAAUAUAUACAAGAAGAUCCUCAACAUUUUCGGGUAUUGUAUCGUAUGUUUCCUGAUGCGUUUUUGAAAUUGUCUACUAUCAUGAGAGAGAAAGCUGGUUUAAAAGACACGAGAUUCAUAUCUGUGGAAGAGAUGCUUGCUAUUUUCAUGCUCACAGUUGGACAAAAUUCGAGAUAUUGA